UUUUACACUAGACAAUAGGAAGAUGAAUCUGUUAAAAUCUGUUUUAUUAUUGUCCACGGCGGCGACCAUAAUUCAAGCCCAAGCAUCCCCUAGAUCUGAUACAAGAUGCGGGUUCUUGAUGGGCAAAAUCUAUUGUUUUGGUGGUUUUUUAUAUACCAGCACUAAAGAGCGAUCUUUAGAUAAUGUAAUUAAUGUUCUUGAUCUUACAAAUGCGACAGGCAAAACAGCUAGCGAAUUGCAAUCACAGUGGAGGGCUGUCAGUUCAAAUACAAAUGGUGUCGACAUCACUGCUCGACAAGACCCUCAAGCAAUGGAAUUAGGAGAUGGAAAGAGUAUGUUUCUCAAUGGCGGGUUUUAUCCCUCUGGUGGCCACUUAGCAGAUCAGACAAUUGUCUAUAACGCUGAAACAAAUUCAUGGUCUAAAUAUAAUGCUUACACUGAAGAUCCUUACGGUAUCAGACAAAUAUAUUAUGGUUCGAUUCUUCAAGUCCCUGGUAAAGGUUUGGCUCUCUAUGGUGGCUUUGAACAAACUAUUAAUGGUUCUUGGACCACGCCUAGCACAAACGUUACUGUAUUCAACUUUUCUGGUAAUUCAUCCAGAACUAUUGGGUUUACUGAAGUUACCUAUUUUAACAUUGCUAACACAAACCAAAUGUGGUCGCAAUCUUUACCUUUAACAACUUGGGUGACGUCUUUUAUUGCUCGACAUGCAUCUGUUUAUGAUUACAUUAAUAAUCAAAUCUUGUUUAUUGGUGGCGAAACUCGUCCCAAUACAGUUGACAAUUAUGCAAUUUCUAGCACUAGAUUUCCCCUAUCAACAGCAUGGGCUUUUAAUACUACAGACAGUACCUGGAAAACCAUCACUUUAACGGGAGAUGUUCCAAGUGGUGGUAGAUUCUAUCAUACUCUCACUUUGAUACCAAAAACAAGAAGAGAUGUUGUUAUGUAUGGCGGUGAAUCAAGCGAUGGUGUCGCAAAUGAUUAUUGCUUCACAUUGAAUUUGGAUACCAAAGCAUGGAAACGAUUGACUAUUGAUGCACCAGCAGGUACAACAUUGGCAAGAACCCAACACUCUGCCGUCUUGACUACAAAUGAUACUUUGCUUAUUAUGUGGGGUGCUGAUGGCAACCAAGCUGGUACUAGUUCUAUAUUGAUCUUGAAUGUCUCUGAUCCAUAUGCAAUUACGCUUUCUGAUAAAUACUACGACCCUAAUGCUUCAUCAACAUCCUCUUCAGGAUCAUCAAAUGCUACCACACCUUCUGGAAAUGAUUCUACUGGUGCCAGCAGCGGAGCUGGUCUUAGUAGUGGUGCAAAGGCUGGUAUUGCUGUCGGUUGUAUUGCUGCUGCAGGUCUCAUAGCUGCCUAUUCGUUCCGUAGACAUAGAGCAAAGGCAAAGAAAGAAUUAAACAGUGAAGGUAUCGCUUUAGGUCCUCAAUCUCAAGGAGGUUCAAAUGGCAACCAUCAAGAUGUUAUUCCCAUGGAGGUCGACUGGGAUAGAAUUGAAGAAAAAUAUGUUGAAAUGCCUCCCAAAACCUUUGUAGAAUACCAUGCACCUAAUACCAUGUCGCCCGAAACAACCAAAAGCACUUUGAGUGGCCCAACCGCUACUGAUAACAGAGCAAACUAUUCACCUGGUUUGAAUUAUGAUAUAGUAGGUGCUCCUAUUGUAAACCCAAGUAGUAUAGAGACCAGCAAUGUCUAUACUGAAAGACAGCAUGCUCCUAUGAUCCUUAAGCCUGAUGGGGGAAACACUGCGUAAUUUUACAUUUCUAUAUCCUUAUAAUAAACAUAUAUUUUGUAUUUGUGCAU